GCUAAUUGUGUACGUGUGGGGCGUUGGGUGCACUUCGGUGUUAUCUAAGCCAUGAAGGCAAGACAGUUCUCAAGAGCUGAUACUGACAUAUAUUGGGCAACAGCAGGACAAGGCAGAGGAAGGGGUGACAGCAGAGAGAGGCAUUGACAGUAGGAACCUGUUAUGUGCCAUUGUUUAUUUAGUGAACCCUUCUUUAAAUGUGAGUGAUUUCCAACAGGACUGUUUGUUUUUCUGUCUAAUAAGUACAGCCUCUAUGUUUAUGCUGCUUGUGUGAAUCACCGCACAGUAAUAUUUAGGGGACCCUGAGGGAAAGUAAUUGGGGUGCAACCUAAGCAGAAGCUGAAUAAGCAUAACCAGUCAGUGUAGGGAGCUCAGGCCUCUUUGAGAAGCUGUGCCCCAGUGUGUUCAACAGGAUCCAGUACUUGUUUUGUUGGGCCAGUCAGACCCCCAGGAUAAUGGAUGCCGAAUACAAGCCGAUCCCUCUGCGCUGUGUGCUCAUGACUAUCAGCAUGGGAGUGUUGUUGAUUCUCUUCUGUGCUGGACCUGCCUGCACCCACAAGAACAGAUCAUUCAUGUUCCAAGUUAAGCCGGUCACAGUUCUUCCUCCACUAGCGAUCCCUAGGCUGACAACCCCGCAGGAGUCUUCAGAAAAGGUCCCCCGGAUAGAGCGCCCCCCUUGGCCACCUAAAGAGUCCUGGUUGAUGCUCCUGAAAAAUUCUGACCGUGCACCCAACGGCAAAAAGAAAAGCCAAGAAGAAAGCUUGCGUCCGUGUCGCCGUGGCCCUAUUGGCCCCCCAGCACCUGCUACACAUCACAGUUACAGUCCUGUUUUAGAGAGGAAGAAGCUCCAUCAUUUCCUGCAGUUGCUGAGCGAACUUCUUAGAAGGCUGAAUGGGGAACGCACAGAGAUACACAAGUAUCCACUAACUCUCACCCCUUCAACUGUGCACGCUGCAUUUAUCUGUAAGCUAGCCCAAAGUUCCGCUUUGGAACAGGGAGUCCAGAGAGAGCUGCGCCAGUACCAACAGGCACAAGAAGACGGCUCAUUUAAUAGAGGAGCAGGUCUUAAUCUCACCAUUGGCCGAUAUACUGCCCCAUAUAGUGGACUUUAUGCUUUCAAUUCAAGACUGAAUAUUGGUUUUCAGGAGCAUUCCCCAUUGGACACAACAUCAGGCUUUCUGAGAGCACAAGUGUGUAUCCAGUCCUUAUGCCAAAAACACUUGUCUCUGCAACAAACCAGCCAGAUCAGUGGAGCACCUCACACACUUAAUGUACAUGGAGUCUUGUACCUGCAGGAAGGACAAUAUGUUUCAGUGUUCCUCGAGAACAGAAUGAGUUAUCCUGUUGUAGUGGAGCAAGGAUCAGAAUUUAGCGGGGUGCUGCUCGGACAAUGAAAUACUGCCACGUGACUAGCUUUCUGAUACCUCAAGCAACAUCAUCCAUGAGUGAAGAUGCAGAAGACAUAGGGUCAGGUUGACUACUAAUAAUCUAUAAAAAAAAAAGCCAACACUGUUUUGUGACUACUGUUAUCCAUCAUAAAACACAUAUACAGUACGUAUAUAUAUUCUUAGUUGGGCUUAGGCAGAAAAGUUGCAUUUAUUUAUAAAACCCUGACAAAAUUAAUAUUUCUGUUAAGAGAGUGCUUUUUAGUAUGUUAUAGAGUGGAGAAUUCUAAGGAACUUUUCAAUUGGUCUUCAUUUUUUUAU